ACGCCCUGCCACAAGAUUUUGUCCCCCCCUCCCCUCCCCUCUCUUCCUCCCCACACACUUCCACAUCCACCUCUCUCUCUCUCUCCUUCCGUAUAAAUCCAGCGUUCGCCCACCUCCGUCUUCCUCCCUCCUCGGGCCUCACUCCUCCCUACGGUACGGCGCACGUUAGCGCCACACAGCCGUGCCUGCAGAUACCCCACCACCCCGCAGCCUCCAAAAGCUUUUGUGGUGCCGCAUCAUGGCGCAAACCCUGGUGCUGCUUUUCGCCAUAUGCAGGCUGAUGUCCACCGUCGGGCUGACGGUGGAGCCCGCGGAGCUGCUGCCCCGGCUGGCCGUGGAGGGCCAGUUGAGUCUGGACCCCGCUGAGGUCGCCGCGGCGGCCGCCGAUUUCGGAGGCCUCGCUAGGGCCGAGCCGGUGGCCGUGAUGCGCCCCGGCUCGGCCGGAGACGUCGCCGGCCUCGUCCGGGCCGCGUACGGCUCCGCCCGUGGGUUCCCGGUCUCCGCCAGGGGCCACGGGCACUGUACCGGCGGCCAGGCCCUCGCGCCCGGCGGGGUCGUGAUCGAGAUGAGCCGCGGCCGGCUCGAGCCCCGGCCGAGGCCGGCGUACUCGCCGUCGACGGGCGAGUACUACGUCGACGUCUGGGGUGGAGAUCUAUGGAUCGAUGUGUUGAACUGGACGCUGGCGAACGGCGGCCUCGCGCCCAAGUCGUGGACCGACUACCUCUACCUGUCGGUCGGCGGGACGCUCUCCAAUGCGGGCAUAAGCGGGCAAGCCUUCCACCACGGGCCUCAGAGUAGCAACGUCUAUGAGCUCGAUGUGGUCACAGGUAAAGGAGAGCUCAUUACGUGCUCGGAAGAGCAGAACUCGGAGCUAUUCCAUGGAGUUCUUGGUGGUCUGGGUCAGUUUGGGAUCAUCACCAGGGCCAGAAUUGCACUGGAACAAGCUCCCCAGAGGGUGAGAUGGAUCCGCGUGCUGUACUCGGACUUCGGUGCCUUCACCAGAGACCAGGAGCACCUCAUCUCCCUCCAUGGCGCCCUCCCGAGCCAGAGGUUCGACUACGUCGAGGGCUUCGUCAUCGUCGACGAAGGCCUCAUCAACAACUGGAGGUCGUCCUUCUUCUCCCCCAAGAAUCCUGUCAAGAUAAGCUCCGUCGGCUCCAACGGCGGCGUCCUCUACUGCCUGGAGAUGACCAAGAACUACGACGACUCGACCGCCGACACCAUUGACGAGGUGGUGGAAGCACUGCUGAGGCAGCUGAGCUUCAUACCGGCGACGGUCUUCACGACCGACCUGCCGUACGUCGACUUCCUCGACCGCGUCCACAAGGCAGAGCUGCGGCUCCGGGCCAAGGGGCUGUGGGAGGUGCCGCACCCGUGGCUCAACCUGUUCGUGCCGGCGUCCCGGAUCGCCGACUUCGACCGCGGCGUCUUCCGCGGCAUCCUGGGCAACCGGACCAGCGGCCCCAUCCUCAUCUACCCCAUGAACAAGCACAAGUGGGAUGAUCGAAGCUCGGUGGUGACACCAGACGAGGAGGUGUUCUACUUGGUUGCCUUCCUCCGAUCGGCUCUAUCGGACUCCGACGAUCCGACUCAAAGCUUGGAGUAUCUCAGCCAACAAAACCAGAAGAUCUUGGAGUUCUGUGACGAGGUUGGAAUUGAGAUGAAGCAGUACCUCCCCCACCACCCAUCACGGACCGAGUGGGCUCGACAUUUCGGGCCUAAGUGGGCCCGAUUCGUUCGUCGUAAGGCCCAAUUCGACCCAAAAUUCAUUCUGGGGACAGGCCAAGGCAUCUUCCAACCCUCUUCGUCUCCUCUCUCCCUCCUGUUCCCCUCGUGAGGACCCCAUGGCUCAGCUCACAUCAAUAAGGCAGCUGCGGAUUCUCCCUGCUGUUUGGCAGCCAAGAAAAUAUUACCACAGUUAUCUGACAUGAAGCUGUAAGGUGAUGAAAGAAGUGAGAUAAAAUGUGGGAGGAGACCAUGGUGAUGUUAGGAAGAGCAUGAGAAAGUUCUUAGGACUGCCAUGGCUGUAAAGGUAUAUAUACAUAGAUUGUGUUGUCAAUAUGGAUAUGUACAUAACAAGAGCCUAAACAUUAAAUGUUCCUUUCA